AUGACCAAUGCUCCAAUGUCCAUAUGUGGGAGUCUUGAAAGCAGAAUGAAGCUCUCAAGACAGCUAAUCGAAACUCUGAGCGUAAUCUUGAGCCGUGCCCUCCGCAUCGGUCCAUCAAAGAAAGCCACUACACCUUACGGACGGAAACUCAAAUGUCAAUGGACAUGGUAUGAAAAACGUAGUUCACAUACAGACGCAGAAAAGUUGGGCAUCAAGGGUGAUAACUUGAUAAGUGAUGUGACGACCCUUGGAGCCGCGCGCAAUAAAAUUUACAAACAAAAAGAUGCCAAGGAAAGCUUGCACCCACCCGCCGCGUUCACCGUAGAGAGGAUUCCGCAGCGAGCGAAACGGAACUCCGAGCGAAAUCCUGAAGCAGGAGUUCCGAAUCGGUCCAGCACAGAAGAUGAACCUAGUGACUCGAAGCGCCAAUGGGUGGAAAUCGUGGCGCCUGUCCGUCGCCGACCGGGACCGCUGAACAGAACCAGGGUACAAAGCCAAUAUACGGCGGCCCUCAAAGACCUUGAUGUAAAAUUGCCUCCAGAGUUCGACGAAAGAAAACGAGUUUGCACAUCAUGGUUCGAUAUGAAGGCCACGCCAAGAGUCAUCGCCAAGGCUGCCGAAGUUCACUUCAUCGACAAAAUUUUGUUAUAG